CCCACUCGCACACGUUUGCUCGUGUUGGAGACUCCACUGCGGUAACCGUGCCGUUAAAGCUGUUGAACGUGUCUUACCGUCGCAACGCCGGGUCGGUCUUUAACGGGCCACAACCCGGUUGCAGCCGCUGGCGUUUUUGGCUCGUUCCGGGCGUCUGUGGAUUGACUUAAUGCCUCAUCCAGAAGCUCCCUUCUGCUUUUUAAGUUCAAGAAAACACCCGGACCCGUCGCCCUCUCGCCUUUGACUCUUACCGGAGAAUUCAAUGUUUAUUUUUUGGCGCCGCAGGAGCGCGAAGUCUUGCCCGUCGCGGACCAUGUUCGUUAUUUUUGUAUAAAGCGCCUCGACCGGUUGCGGUCAAUCAAACUUUACCUCAGAGAACGCGCUGGAUAACUCGCGUGCAUUUUUGUGUGUUUUUUACCUCAGAAAGUGAUGGCGGAGCGGGGGGCACGGCUGCUCGUGUUGUUCACGGGUCUCACCGUUUUCCAGUUCGGCGGUGCGAAUAAAGGUGUUGGCAUUCGGGGCUUCACGUCGUUCAGGUUCUCCGUGGAACCCAUGGACACGUUAGCUGUUCGUGGCCUCCCGGCCAUUCUGAACUGCUCAGCCAUCAGCGACGCUCCGGUCAGGGUGGAAUGGAAGAAGGACGGAACGUUCCUCAACCUGGCAGCGGAUGACCGGAGACGGCAGCUGGAGGACGGCUCUCUGCUCAUCAGUACGGUGGUCCACUCCAAACACAACAAACCCGAUGAGGGCAUUUAUCAGUGCGUGGCCACCAUCGACAAUCUGGGUACCAUCAGCAGCCGAACGGCGAGACUUACGGUGGCAGGACUUCCGCGGUUCCUCAGUCAACCGGAGGGCGUGUCUGUUCAUGAAGGCGGGACCGAGAUGCUAAACUGUGAGGUGACGGAAGAGCUCGCCCCGUUUAUCCGCUGGGAGAAAGGCGGCCGGGCCGUAGAGCUGGAUAGCAGGGUCAUACAGUUACCCAGUGGAGCUCUGGUCAUCAGCAAUGCCUCUCAAAGUGAUGCCGGACUCUACCGAUGCACAAUCGAGGGUCUAGGACCGCCUAAAUCCAGCGAGGAGGCGGAGCUACAGGUGUCAGCAGACUCUGGUGUUGAGGAAAAAGUGGAGACUCUCCAAGGCCCGGUUGCAGUGGCAAAGGUUGUCGGGGAGAGCGUGUUGUUGCCAUGCGUCAUGAAGGGUUAUCCCGUGCCAGUUAUUCGUUGGACGUUCAACGGGAGGCCGGUUGAUGAGGGCAGUGAACGCUUCGCUGUGAUUGGUGGGGGCAGCCUGCAGAUCGUCAACCUGACAGAGGAGGAUGCUGGGAUAUAUAGCUGCCAGGCAGAUGGCAACAACAUGACCAGUGAGAUACAGGCAGAGCUCGCUGUGCGGGUUCCUCCACGGUUCCUGACGAGACCUUCCAACACGUACGCCCAGGAGUCCAUGGACAUCAUCUUUGAGUGUGAUGUCACGGGGUCACCGCCGCCCACUGUGAAAUGGAUGAAGGACGGAGACACGGUCAUACCGAGCGAUUAUUUCAGAAUAGUGAAGCAGCACAACCUACAGGUUUUGGGUUUAGUGAAAUCGGACGAGGGUUUUUAUCAGUGUUUAACGGAGAACGACGCUGGAAACAUUCAGGCCAGCGCACAGCUAAUAAUACUGGAUUUAGACGUUGCCCUUCCUUCUGCUCUGCCUUCACUGACUGAUGCCACUACUGACCAUGUAGCGUCCAGCCUCGCCGAGCGUUCCGGUCCCACCCCGUCCGCACCGCGAGAUGUCGUGGCGUCUUUGGUGUCCACCCGAUUCAUCAAGCUGACGUGGCGACUUCCUGCCGAGCCAAAUGGGGAGAACAUCACUUACUCGGUCUUCUACGGUCUGGACGGCACCAACAGGGAGCGUGUGGAGAACACCAGCGCGCCAGGAGAAAUGCAGGUCACCAUUCAGAACCUCGUUCCCGACACCAAGUACUCCUUUCGGGUGGUCGCAUCCAACUCCAAUGGCCAUGGCGAGAGCUCCACCCUGCUUACAGUGGCCACCCAGCCGGAGGUUCAGCUACCCGGACCGGCUCCGAAUCUGCAGGUGCUGUCUGUUGGAACCACAACGAUCACACUGAGCUGGGAGAGACCGGUCACAGGAAACGGCGAGAUCCAGACCUAUAAAAUCUUCUACAGCGAGAAAGGCCAAGACUCUGAACAGGACACAGAUGUGACGGGUCUGUCUUACACUAUGACAGGACUCAAGAAGUUCACGGAGUACAGUUUCAGAGUGGUGGCGUUUAACAAGCACGGUCCUGGAGUUUCUACAGAAGACGUUACAGUCCGAACCUUGUCUGACGUACCGAGUGCCCCGCCGCAGAAUCUCACACUGGAGGUCUUGAACUCAACGUGCAUCAUGGUCCGAUGGCAGCCGCCUCCACUUGGCACUAUGAAUGGAGAACUGACGGGGUAUAAAUUACGCUAUCGUAAAGGUCUGAAGCGGGCAGAUUCGGUGGAGAUCACCACCACACAACUCUUUCAGCCAAUUGACGGUUUGGAGAAAGGGAAGAUUUACACAUUCAGAGUUUUGGCCACUAAUGUAAACGGGUCUGGGCCGGCGACAGAGUGGAUCGCAGCCGAAACCUUCGAGAAUGACCUGGACGAAUCACAGGUGCCAGGUGUCCCGAGUUCGUUACACGUUCGUCCGCUGGUGAACAGAAUCGUGGUGAGUUGGACUCCGCCAAAUACCCAGGAGAUUUUAGUUCGAGGUUAUAAGAUCGGCUAUGGUAUCGGAAGCCCUCAUGCCCACACGGUCACUCUGGACUACAAGCAGCGUUUCUACAGUAUCGAUAACCUUGAUCCCGGUUCACAUUACGUCAUCACGCUAAAGGCGUUCAACAACAUGGGUGAAGGGAUUCCCAUCUACAACAGUGCCACGACCAGGCCACAGUCUGACCCCAUUGACCCUGACAUUGAUUUUUAUGAACUCUUCAAUAACCCAUACACCCCAGCUCCCGACCCUUCACCCAUGCUGCCCCCGGUGGGCGUUCAGGCCUCCGUCCUCAGCCAGGACACCAUCAAAGUCAGCUGGGCCGACAACUCGCUCUCGAAGAACCAGAAGAUCACAGAUUCCAGAUAUUACACCAUCAGAUGGAAGACUAACAUCCCAGCAAACACUAAAUAUAAGAUGGCAAACACAACGUCUCUGUUUCACACGGUCACUGGUCUUAAACCCAACACAUUGUAUGAGUUCUCUGUCAUGGUGACCAAGAGCCGCAGGAGCAGCACAUGGAGCAUGACGGCUCAUGGGACGACACUUGAGUCCAUUCCCAGCUCAGCACCUAAAGAUGUGACCGUGGUGAGUAAAGAAGGAAACCCACGAAUCAUCAACAUCAACUGGCAGCCGCCCACUGAGGCCAAUGGCAAAAUCACAGGGUACAUCAUCUACUACAGCACUGAUGUAAAUGCAGAGGUUCAUGAUUGGGUUGUGGAGCCUGUGGUGGGAAACCGGCUGACCCAUCAGAUUCAGGGUCUGACGCUGGACACCGCUUACUACUUUAAGAUUCAGGCGAGGAACUCUAAAGGCAUGGGUCCCAUGUCUGACGCCUUACAGUUUCGCACUCCUAAAGCUGAACCCUCUGACAAGAUGUCAAACGAUCAAGGGCUGCAGGUCAAACCCGGACACCCCAACCUGCCUGAGCACGGGACCGGAUCCAACAUCGAUAAGCCGGGCAUCACAGGCAGUCAUGAGAAUCAUAUUCUAGUGAUCGUGGUGAUUGUUUCAGUAGGAGUUUUCACCAUCAUCGCUGUGGUCGUGGGAGCCAUCUUGUGCACGCGCCGAUCACACUCACAUCAGAAAAAGAAACGUGCGGCCUGUAAAUCCAGCGGCGGAUCACACAAGUACAAGAGUUCCUCUAAAGAUCUAAAGCCUCCUGAUCUCUGGAUCCAUCACGAGCGUCUGGAGCUUAAACCCAUGGACAAAUCACCUGAGCCCAACCCAGUGAUGACCGAGACGCCCAUCCCUCGUACUGCUCAGGACCCGCCCGCUGAUCCUUCACACCAGAGACGAGGUCAUGAGGUAGAGGAGAGUGUGUCCACUGUGGUCGGCCGGAGGGGAGUGAGACCCAAAAUAAUGAUGCCAUUUGACUCUCAGCCACCCCAGCCUGUUAUUAGCGCUCACCCCAUUCAUUCCCUCGACCAUCUUCAUCAUCAUCAUCAUCACUAUCAUCUUCCACCACGUGGGUAUCUUCAUCACCAGAUCAGUCUGAGAGCUCCUGCCACCCCGAACCCUUACAUAGACAGAUAUCCCUCUACAGAAUCUGUACCGGAACCUCUGGUUGCCCCCAGUCAGCCCACCAGCACAGCUGAACCCCAAAAGGCAGAGUCUGUGAUCAAAGAGGAAGACCCACCCAGCAUCAACCCAUCGACGGCUCACGUUCGGCCGACACACCCGCUCAAGAGCUUCGCCGUACCGACAGUGACCGUCUCUGCUCACAACCCCCCCACAUAUGAGACGACCCUGCCCAGCACCCCUCUACUGGCCCAAUCGGUUCCUGGUGUUAAAACUGCAUCUAUCGGGACACUGAAUCGAGCACGUGCACCAAUGGCAGUAACGGUACCCAGUGCUCCUGACCAAUCAGAAACAAGCAAGAUGUUGACACAGGCCGAUUUGGUUUCGCUGUAGCCUUUUUCUCUGUUCCUCUCGGUUUUCCUCUUUGUUCAUUUGUCUGCCGUUUUCCCCCUUGGCGUCCUGCAUCCCUCAUUUCCUGUAACUCUAACAUGGCUGGUUUGGCACGUCUCUCUCUCUCUCUCUCUCUCUCUCUCUCUCUCUCUCUCUCUCUCUCUCUCUCUCUCUCUCUCUCUCUCUCUCCUCCUCCUCUCAGACGUAUGAGACGGAUGAGCUGUCAGAAGAAAUGGCUCACCUGGAGGGUUUGAUGAAGGAUCUGAACGCCAUCACCACAGCCUGAAGCACAGCAAAUCUCAAACACACUCCCAGCUUAACCCUGUCCUCAGGAACAACAAGACCAGUUUUAAUAAACGCUGAUCUCAGAUCAGCUUAAGGAAUGACAAAAUCAUCAAUGUGACUGGAAAUGGAGCAUCAUGUUUUCCGUCCCGCGUGGAGAAAGAAAUAAUGAGCAGUGGACUCAAUGCUGUUUUCUAAUCUCAGAUGCGUUCUGCACAGAAAAGCUUUUUAAAUGUUUAUUUUUGGGAUUGUAUUCACAUACUUCAUAUUUUUAGCGUUUAUGUACAUUAUCAUCUUUUUUGUUGCUCAAUUUUACACAUUGGGUCUCAUUCAGGAUGAACAGCGAAGUUGUUUGUUAAACCAUUGUUUGGUAAAUCGUUUACAAAAGUAUUUAUGAUCAAUUUGCAUAUUCAUUACAUAGUGUCGCAUUAAAGUUAAUGUAUGAAUGUGUUGCCUUCUUCCUGAAUGAGUUCUGUUUGUUUAUAAGUUACACCAUAAACAUGUUGAGUAUCAUCUGAGAUUCAUCGUUGGAGAAGAUUUUCUGUUAUGACGUUUCUUCAGUAAAGAGAGACACCAGUAGCAUUUAAGAUCCAUCACAACAGAUGAAUGGGAGAUGCCACAUUGACGUGCUGAAGGGUCGGCUCUGAAUCUUAAAAUUAAAGUGACGCUAAUGUUCGGUGCUUCAGUAUCUCCUCAAAAACAAGGACCGUCAAAUUUGGUUCCUUGCGUGAAUGCAACAAGACUCAGAUUUUUCUACUUUGAGUGAGAUUAAUAAAAAGGAACUGCAAAUAUUUGAAUACUUUGUACACUCCCAAAAAAAGGACAAUUUUAUAUAUAUAUAUAUAUAUAUAUAUAUUCAUGUUUGGAUUUGUUUUUUUAUAUGAAGACAACACAUUGCUUUGUAAACAUUUUCCAUGUAAGUUAUGACGGCGCGAAUGGUUAAAUAUCCUGCAUUGUGUUUUCACCCAGCAAACCUCUUCUCCCAAAGAAUGACCCGAGAAAAUAUGGACGAACAACGCCUUGCUCGUGUACAGUUUGAAUGUCAAUGUGACUGUAAUGAGUUCUGCUUAUGAAUAAAGUGAUUGUUUGUGUUUACAAUAAUGGGAGAAGAUAUAAAAAAAGUCAAAGAAUCAUGUCAAAACUGUCAUUUGCACUUUUUAUAUGGAUUUAAAAUCGCUGAUGCCAUGUGAAAUAUGAACCUAUUUUAUGUAACAAUGAUGUCACGAGUAAACAGCUGGUUUUAAAGACA